CCCGGAUAAAGAUUGGCUAUAUUAUAGGGACAAUUGAAGGCGGGGGUUGUAGUCCAAACUAGCAGUCGGUACUUGGUAGCAAGCUACUCGAUUUUGUGCUGCAGCUUCAGAAAUUAUUUGUGGCUUUUAAAUAUGGCUGGUGGUAAGGCAGGUAAAGACUCCGGGAAGACCAAGACGAAGGCUAUCUCGCGCUCUCAGAGAGCAGGACUGCAGUUCCCAGUGGGUCGUAUCCACAGACACCUCAAGUCCCGAACCACCAGCCACGGCAGAGUGGGAGCCACUGCAGCGGUGUAUAGCGCGGCUAUUCUGGAAUACCUCACUGCCGAGGUUCUGGAGUUGGCAGGAAAUGCCUCCAAGGAUCUUAAGGUGAAGCGUAUAACCCCCCGCCACUUGCAGCUUGCCAUCAGAGGAGAUGAAGAGCUGGACUCUCUUAUCAAGGCCACUAUCGCUGGUGGAGGUGUGAUCCCUCACAUCCACAAGUCCCUGAUUGGAAAGAAGGGCCAGCAGAAGACUGUAUAAAUUGCUCUGGAAGUUGUGCCAUCUCAGGACGACAUCUGCAUUAAGUGGUUAAAUGUCUUAGAUUUAGGAGUUAUUUGUAUUGGUGAGCUUGCAUUUACUCACCUGGGGUAUUUUUUUUUUUUUUUAAAGUGGCUUCAGAGAAGCUCAUUUUUGUGUUUCUGCUUCCUUUUUUUUCUGGUGCUGCUUUUUUUAUUUUUUUUUAUUUUAUUUUUUUCCAACUUGCUUUUGUGGCAAUUCAAUGUUCAAAGUGGUGUUUUAAUAAAGCUCUAAUUGGGGCAUUUGCAGUUUGUUCUUUCAGUUCUUGCAUUUCCAUGAGCUCAAUUAUGUCUUCACUGUAGGUAUUCAGUUGGCUUCUCCAAUGUGGAUGUGUUUGGCUUUAGUGGUCUUAAUCUUCCCAGGUUGAAAGAAUCCACCUUGAUCAUCAAAACGAAAGCUACCACAUCCUGCAAGUGGAAGAGUCAUGGCAUGCUUGGAACCAUCUUAAGCAUGCAAACAUGUAGUUCCAGCCUUGUGUAGUUGCAGAAAUUGCAAAGCAUGUUUUACAUCAGUUUACCCCUGGACUGACAUGAAAUGGGGAAAACCCUGUAGUCAUUUCUGGAUUGCUGAAUAAAGACUAGACUGGCACAGUU